AUGCGAAUCCUGCAACUGCUGAAAAUGCGGGCCGGCAUGACUGUGAGUCAGCUGGGAGAUGCUUUGCAUAUCAGCCAAAUGGGAAUCCGACAACACCUCGCCAUACUUGAAGCAGAUGGGUUAGUCGAAUACCACCAAGAAAAGCAGGGACGUGGCCGUCCACCUCACAUUUAUCGAUUGACCGAUGCCGCAAACGGUCUCUUUCCCACGACUUAUGCCAACUUUGCUGUUGGUUUGAUGAAUGAAGUGGCGAAAUUCAAUGGACCCGGUUUCAUCAACAAAGUCUUUCGGGGUCGGAUGAAAGCGCAAUUGCAAACGUAUCAAUUACGGCUUCAAGGUAAAAACCUACCCGAACGCGUCAAGGAACUCGCCCGUAUCCGUGAUGAAGAAGGGUACAUGGCGCGCUUUGACGAAAAUGAAGAUGACUACGUCUUAAUUGAGCAUAAUGCCCUAUCGUGGCGAUUGCGCAGGAAUAUCCACACGUCUGCGAAAUUGAAACGGCACUCUUCCGGCAAUCUUUGGGUGCGAAAGUCGUUCGAGAGGAACAUCUGA